GGUUUUACCGGCGUCUGUCAGCUCCGAAGCGGCGGAGUCUUAUGAGUUCACACCGUCGGUCCUCAGCGAUUAUUUCACGGAGGUUUUUCUGACCUAACUGGUGCUGAAAAUGUUGUGUUUGAGCGGCUUGUCGGUGGCUCUGGCCCUCGCUCUGGUGCCGGGACCCGUCCAAGGCCUGAAAGAAGGAGAAUGUGAAGUGUGCGUCACCUUCCUGGGAAAGUUCUACGAGUCGGUGAAGGAAUCCAACUUGAACAGCGCAGAUAUUGAGAAGGCGCUGCUGAAGAGCUGCAAAGAUAACAAAGGAAAAGAGAACAGAUUUUGUUACUACAUCGGAGCAACGAGUGAUGCAGCCACCAAGAUGAUAAACGAGGUGUCCAAACCCCUCAGCUACCACGUCCCAGUGGAGAAGAUCUGUGAGAAGCUCAAGAAGAAGGACAGUCAGAUCUGUGAGCUGCGAUACGACAAACAGCUGGACCUGACCACAGUGGACCUGAAGAAGCUCAAAGUCAAGGACCUGAAGAAGAUCCUGGAAGAGUGGGACGAGUCCUGCAAAGGCUGCGCCGAAAAGUCCGACUUCAUCCGCAAAAUAACCGAGCUCAUGCCGAAGUACGCGCCUGCAGCCGCCAAGGCACGGACAGAUCUGUAAGGACACGGCGGCGGACUCUGCACAGACUGGAAAAAUCCUGUGAGGAGGAAGAACGGGAGUUUUGUCAUGUCUUAUUCUGGUGUGCACUCAUGUGCUAAACUGCACAGCAGGCUGAGGGUUUCUACUGUACUGUAAAAUAAAGCUGGCAGCAGGUGCAGCAUCCCUGCUCCUUCGUUCAAAUCAUUUCACAAUAAACAUCUAAAGCUGCGUCCCAAAAUGUCCCCGACCAGCAGAACGCCAGGCUGCUGAGGAGUAAUCAGUCAGCAAAACCAAAAUAAUAAACUUUUAGAGUUUAGGAUGGAGUCAAUUCAGCUAAGAAAUGGCCUUAAACAAAUAAUCCAGACAGAGGUGAGAUUUCUCCUGUUACCCAGCUGCUCAGCGGCUCCCUCUCUCAAAGAUUUACAGCAUUGCAGCCCAAUUUGAAACCCCUUGGCUGCUCUGCUCCACACCUGAUUUAAAGAAAACUUUGUCUCUUCUUUUAUCAGAACGAGUUAGACUGUUUAACUCUGUUUCUGUUCCUGUUUACGUAACGAGUCACAAUCCAGUCACUCUCUGUUUUCUUCCAUUUCAUCCGAGUCGCUCUCUUUUUAAGAACGGUUCCUGGAUUAAAACCAGUAUCACUGCCAAUGUCACAAAAUCCCAGAAUCUUUCUUUUGUUUUUAAAGGUCAAAACUAAAAUAAACGGACAGGAAGCGAUGAAAACAAAAAGUGACGCUUAUAGUCUCAAUCCCAAACCUGACCCUGAGCUCCAACCCUCCAUUCUAGCAUUCCCACGGAGGGUCCGCCACACAGAACCGUCCCAAACCACCUAGUGGGUCGGGCGGGUGGAGCGUUCAGCGCUUAAAUAGCGAGUCUGCAUCAAUCCAUCCUCGUUGGUACCCCCUCAUCUGAGUGUGACUACUGGGAGGGAAACUGGUAGUUAGGGGUUAGUGCUUAGAAGGCGGUUUGGAAUUUGGCCUUAAACCCUCAGAUGGUUCUCCUAAGUGGUUCCAUUAGAUCCCAGUUUGAAAUUGACCUGACCCAGGUACAGGUGUGAGCCUGGAUCAACCGAGGACGGAUCCUAUCCUAUCCCGUCCGUAAAGGACAAGAAACAAACCUGAGGAUAAAACUAGAGACCUAGGAUUGGAUUUAGAGGGAAUUAUAUUUACAGUUUUUUCUUCGACCCGACUUUUAAGAUGAAAUUCUUUGACGUUUGAUCAUAUUUUGGUUCAUCUUCUGUAUUUAUUAAAGGUUUUUCCAAACUUUUA